CCUUUCCUCCACCCUCACCUCUUCAUCUCUAGCUCUUUCCAAAAUCAACCCAGAAAAGAAAACCAAGAAAAAGAAAAAAAAAAUAAAGAAAAGAGAAAAACCUCCAUGGCUGAUUACCAACACCAGCAGCAGCACCAACGCCCCGCUGAUGCCUUCAAAGGCAUGUUCCCUGAAAAGGGUCAGGCUCAGGCUCAGGGCCCCUCUGCAUCAAAAGUUAUAGCAGUUGUCACACUCUUGCCCCUCGGUGGCUUCCUUCUCCUCCUCGCCGGCCUGACAUUUGCCGGAACGCUCAUCGGCCUAGCGCUGUCGAUGCCGCUGUUCGUGCUCUGCAGCCCCGUUUUGGUCCCUGCAGCAAUUGUCAUCGGCUUGGCUGUCACCGGGUUUUUAACAUCGGGAGCUUUCGGGAUCACCGGGAUUUCGUCACUCUCGUGGAUACUGAAAUAUCUGCGCGGAACGAGCGUGCCGGAGCAAAUGGAGCAUGCGAAGCGGCGCGCGCAGGAUACGGCGGGUCAUCUGGGGCAGAAGGCGAGGGAGACAGGCCAAACGGUGACGGGCAAGGGCCAGGAAGCUGGAAAGACUCUUGAAGGUGGGAGGGGCGAGGAAAAGAAGACAUGAAAAUGACAAGAAGUAUAAUUGAUGAGGGCCUUUUUGGGUGCUGUGAAACUGUUGUUUCUCUUUUGCUUAAAUGUACGUCUGCUUCGUUUACCUUUGUAGCUGCGUGUUAGGGUACAGUGUGUAGUGGGGUGAGCAAUAAAUUAAACUGGUGUUGGGAGAAUUGAAAAGGGUGGUCUCUGCUAGCUGUUUGUUUAUAACCUUUUGCUGUUAAAUAAAUCAAUGUUAUUCGUGAUGUAUUUUU